CGUGUCUGACAGGCACAGAGCUUUCACUUCUGCUUGGCUGCUGCACCUUUCCCUUGAACUCCGAGGUUGGAUGUUGGGGACUGAAUCCUCCUGGAGAGAUGAGUUUCUACAGCGAUGCGUCCACUGAAGACAUGAGCGACGAGCUGGAGACACUGGGGUGGUACCACUAUGACCUGUCCCGCCAUGCUGCAGAGGCCCUUCUCUUGUCCAAUGGGACUGAUGGAAGUUAUCUGCUGAGGAACAGUAAUGAGGGACCAGGCUGCUUCGCCCUGUCUGUCAGGGCAAAGGAUUCCGUCAAACAUUUUCACGUGACACGCAAAGACAACGGCUACGCGUUUGGGUUUAACGAGUUUGCAACCCUUCAUGACUUUGUCAACCACUUUGCCAACCAGCCUCUGCUGGGCAGUGACACAGGAACCCUCAUUGUGCUCAAGUGUCCGUACCCGUGGCGUGUGGAAGAGCCGUCCAUCUACGAGUCUGUGCGAGUUCACACAGCCAUACAGACGGGCCGCACGGAGAAUGAUCUGGUGCCGAAUGCCCCAUCGCUGGGUACAAAGGAAGGCUAUCUGGUGAAACAAGGAGCAAUUGUGAAGAACUGGAAACAGAGGUGGUUCACGCUCAACAGAUACGAACUCAAGUACUUCAAAGACAAAAUGUGCGAGGAGCCCAUUCGAACCCUGGAUCUGAGAGCCUGCUCUGCAGUCCAGUUUGACUACUCUCAGGACAGAGUCAACUGUUUCUGCCUGGUGUUUCCGGAGCGAACAUUUUAUCUUUGUACAAAGACGGGUGUGGAGGCAGACGAGUGGAUCAAGAUCCUGAGGUGGAAACUGUCACAGAUCAGAAAAGGCCGAUGACUGCCGGCAGCGGAGACACUGGAGAUGGAAAGAAGCCCCGCCCUCACUGAAUACGUCACAUCAGCUGGGCGAACGAUGAAGAACAGCAACGUUCUAAACUGAACAGUAAACUUUAGAAUACUGGAACACACGGACUGACUGCUGUGACAACACAGAUGUGACUACACUUGGCUUCAUAUUUAUUUAGUACAAAGAUGUUUUAUUUCUCGAGUUGAACAGUUGCUUUCCUUUCCAGGACCAUGUUUGUUCCUAGCAUGAACAUUUGCUUUACCUGUUAUUUAAAGGGGAUUGUAGCAUCAUUGGUGCUUCUCUCAGUACUUUCCCUGUCUGUGGCUCUCCGCUGCUAGUGAGGAAAAUCUUUAAAAGCAGCUCACAUAUAUAACAGCUGGUCACUGUAGGUUUCCAUAAUUGUGAAACAAACAGGAGGAAAUAAUUAAUUUGUGGACUAUUUUAUUUUGGAGUAUUUUCCUGAGUCAGAAUAAACUACAUUAACGAUGGCUAGGAAUAGACUGAUGAUCAGAUCCAAUAUUCUUCCAAUUUGUCUAUAAUAAAAUAAAUGAAUUUAAUAAAUUAGAUGUAGCACUUUCUGUUUGUAGUCUCACUCAUUAUCCUGCCCACAGCAGAUUGAUCUGAUUGGUUACACAUCCCAUUAUAGCCUAUCAACACUGAACACUGCUGUGCCACAGACAGGGAAAGGGAAAGACAGGGAAGUCUCAAAAUUUCAGAUAAAGUGUGGAAUGUAACUAAGGUUGGAAUUAGUUACCUUUAACAGCUCCAUGUGGCUGCAGGAGUCAACUGAAUCUGAGGAACUUUGACACAUAAAUCUUGCUCUGUUUAGUUUCUAAUACAGGAUUUGAAUAUGUACAGUGUUGUGUUGGGAAAAGGUAGUUGCAUGUCAUACCCGGAGAUGGGCACGAAUACAUCAAAAGGUUUCUUGUUACAGAUUUUAACACUUGCUCAUCAGACGUGUGAAAAUAAAAUAUUAGUAUGAGAAAUAUA